AGGAAGCAAAGGAUGGAACUUGAGAGAGAAGGAAGUUCCUACACAAAUGUGGAUUAAUUUACAACGCUGUAGUUAUUUUAAAGAGAUAUUGCUGGUCAUAUGAUAAAAAAUAAAAAAACGAAUCAUGAACGUUGGUAGAGUUUAAGACUCGUGGAGCAGCUAGCGAGCUCUCAAACAAACAAAUGUCAAAACAACCCGCUGGAUCUGCCGAGUCUAGACAGAUCGACAGAGAACGAACGACACAGGAAAAACAGAAACACCGUUUGUCAUCUAAUUAUACUUUUCAUAACAUUAUGAAACAAGUUAUAAAUGUUUGGAUAUCAAAGACUCUAGAUAUAUUUUGAACGUGGGGACAGAAGAUAAUUUGUAAACGGCACCACCUGACCACCCCCAGAAUAAAACAAUAACAGAUGCACAGAUCGAGGAAUAUGCAGCGAUAAAACAUUUGGCGUGUCAUAAAACUGUGUAUAAAUAUUUUAGUCUCUACCAAAAGUAGCUUCUUCAUUAUCCAAAGAACUGUCAACACUGCCAGCAGAAGUUUUGUCGCUAGUAAAUGAUCCCGACUUGUUUAGAGCAGGCUGCACCGUUAGAUGGAUAGCUAGUGCUAGCCACCUACCAUCAAGACGUGGUGGUUAAUGCUUGCAUACAUUUAUAUGACUACCAGCUGUUACUUGUUGGGACGAGAAAUUUGAAUUGGUACUGUUUUAUUUGACUGGCUGUCGAGAAAGCUGCCAAAGAGCGAGAGCAAACGGGUCGUCCGGUUUUGACACUUCAUUACUCUUGGGUCACCAUGGCGCAGCAGCAGAUGCCAAGCUCUCACAAGGCACUGAUGCUUGAACUGAAGUCUCUCCAAGAGGAACCAGUGGAGGGUUUCCGCAUCGCCCCCGUAGAAGAGUCAGACUUGUACAACUGGGAGGUGGCCAUAUUUGGACCCCCCAACACACUUUACGAGGGAGGAUACUUCAAGGCACACAUUAAGUUUCCAGUUGACUACCCUUACUGUCCACCUACUUUCCGUUUCCUCACAAAGAUGUGGCACCCCAACAUAUAUGAGAAUGGCGACGUGUGUAUCUCCAUCCUUCACCCCCCUGUUGACGACCCCCGGAGCGGAGAGCUGCCCUCUGAGAGAUGGAAUCCCACCCAGAAUGUCAGGACCAUCCUACUGAGUGUGAUCUCUCUGUUGAAUGAGCCCAACACCUUCUCCCCGGCCAAUGUCGAUGCCUCUGUUAUGUUCCGCAAGUGGAGAGACAGCAAGGGCAAGGACAAAGAGUAUGCCGAGAUCAUCAGGAAGCAGGUCGUGUCCACUAAAGUGGAGGCGGAGCGGGACGGCGUGAAGGUGCCUACUACGCUGGCAGAGUACUGCAUCCAGACCAAAGUGCCUUCCCACGACAGCAGCUCGGACCUGCUCUACGAUGACCUCUACGAUGAUGACAUCGAGGAGGAGGAUGACGAUGAGGAUGAUGCAGAGGCAGUGGGCCAGAUGGCAGGAGAGGGUGGCUUCAAUGACGAGGAAGACUCGGGCAACGAAGAGUCAUGACCUUCCUUCUCCUCUCGUUGUUUAUCUUGCUCCUUCCCACACCCUUCCUACCGAGGACUCCGCUGCAGCCUCGUCCUGUUCUGUCCUUACUUUCUGAUUCCUUCCCACGUGCGCGCACACACACUCUUGCUGGCUCCAUCCCUUCUUGAAGGCGUCUCCUUGGCACUUACUUUACCUUGAGAUUUGUUUUAAUCUCUGUCAAACAUGCCCAAAUGCAUAAUUUUAACAGCUGUAUGGGGAUCAGAUUUAUUUAAUUGUUUUAUUAUGGCAUUUUUUGUUUUCCUAAUUAAUCUCCCUCAUUGAUGUUCAUGAGGCAUAAUCAGUGGGUUAGUUUAUGCAGCUUUACUUGUGGUCAAUUAUAUCACAAAGUGAUAUAAACCAAAAUGGUUGUUUCUCUUUCAACUAUUUGAUGGGUCCGUAUUAAACAGAAUUGCAUGCUUUUUGAUGACACCAAUUUGGCAUGUAUGCUGACUACCAGUGUUGCAAAAAACAUUUUGUGAGAAUUACAAUUGGCUGCUUGAUUUGUCACUAGAUUACAUUUUGCAGUUGCGGCCACAACAUCACGGCUCCAAUUUGCAUUGCUGCGGUCCCUGACAUUCGCCCCUUUUCCUGCCGCACACCCCUUCCCCUUGUGCUUCUCUGUCUGUGUGUGCACCUGCUGUGACUUCUGUUGCAUAGGCAGCUUUUCCCACUCUUGUUUGUGGGAAAAGUCGCUAAAUGGUAUCAAAACUCCCCAAAGGCAGCCUGAAAAGUAGUUUGACGCUAGGUUCUUUGAAAAAAGUCACUGUGGGGGUCUGAGCUCGCUAAAUAUAGCGACUUCAAGUUGGCAACACUGGUCUCUAUCCCUCCCAGGGUUCACAUACACAUUCGUCUUACAAAUGAAUUCAAUUCCUUUUAAACUAUAUAGUGUAAAACCAAAUCCUAUUCAGAUGUAAAACCAAUUUAAAUUAACUAAAAUUUGUUCUUAAGCUGUGUAACAGAGUGGUAAGAUGCACUCAAUGAACAUACCCCUCUCUUACUCUGUCUCACACAGUCAACAAGAUGAAGACCCUUUAAUAAAAAUAAACACAUUUUCUGUAUUGCCCUGACAGGGAUCUGAACACAAAAAGGACACUUAUUUUGCCAUUUUUGGUAGGUUCCCCAUUUUUCUCUGAGUAAUCUACUCAAUCAAAGAUCGCUAACAGAAAGGAAGGGUUGGGCACUCACUACCAACAAGCAUCUCUUUGAGUGGAUGCAUCACAGCAUGCAUCUCUCCAACCAGAGACAGCAGAGAAGCAAUCUCUGCUCCAAACUCUCCAAGGUUAAAUGUACCUGGAACUGAUGAAGGGAUGCAGAGACAGGAUGCUAAGACAUACGCCUGAUGUCAUUUGAGCUCUUGUCCUCUCAAACAGAAGAUGCUUCCGAGUAUUGGUACCGUACCAGCGCUGGAUAAUUUCCAUGGAGACUGGACUGGUGAUAGUUGUUUCCGUGGAAACUGAUUUGUAACUACCCUAUCUUUCUUUGGGGGACUUGAACACCAGGGAUAAAUGGGACAAGCGGACAACUCCCCCCCCCCCCCCCGACACAGAGCGCUGGAGCCAUGAGAAUGCUCUGCACAGAAAACAACAGGAACCCUACAGAGAGGGAUCACUGCUGUUUCAAUACCAUUUGAUCUGUUUGUUUGUAUUUGCUGUAGUCAAUAAUCUCCCAUUCAAGGUUUGAUGAAAACAUCUCACUUUAUUCAGAUACACAGGCAAUGAAUGCUGGAUCACCAUAGGAAGUGUUGGCCAUUCCAUAACACUUUGUUACAGCUUUAGUUUGGGGUGUCUGUGGGGUGUCACCUACCUCUACUUGUGUAUGUGCAACAGGCCUAGGUUCCCAUACUAUGUGAAAUCAUUUCAAAUGUCACAAAAGUGCAAACCUCACCUACCGGACAUCCCAGACUGACGAAAGCUAACUAAUUGAAGAUUUCAAAUAGUAUUUGAACACAGGUCUGAUGACCAAGAGAUUUUGAGGGAAACGUGAACAAUGUCACUUAAAGGCUUGGAUUUUUUAAAUGUUGAGUCUGAUAGUCCAUAAGAUCUUCCAGAGACAAUGACAUUCAUGAUGUUUUGUUGAGAAAGAGAUCCUCUCCCCCGUCCCAGUUCUAGUCACAGGCCCCUUGACCCCAGAUAGGUAAUCAAUAAAUAGAAAAGCAUUCCGUUUGGCAACAAGUGGAGUGCUACAUAACCAUUCAUGCUAAUUUAUUAGAUAAUUAAUUCCAAGGAUAGUGUAGAGACUUGGGGCUCGAUUCAACUAAACCCACUGGGCAGUAUUCACGCAAGAGCAUGUAGGCCUAAACAUACUAGGUAAACAAAUAUAUUGCGUAAACAUUGCCAAAGCAGGUUGGCUUGGAUACGGCCAUUGGUGUCUUUCAGCUAUUACGUGUUCAAGUAUAACAUUCCCAUUGUUUUUGUUUUCCUUGGUCUAACUUAACAUGUGUCAUGAAUGUUUUCUUGUAAUGGAUGUUCACCAAAGAUAAGAGGCUUUCUUUUGUGAAUGUAAGGCUUUAUCUUUGGGUUGUUUGUUGCACAAAUAAAUAGAGGGCACUGGAAAUGUU